AGAGAAGGACAGACUUGGAAACUCCGACUGCAAAUAAUAAAGAAAUUGAAAGCAAUACAUUAAUAUACCGUAACACUAAAAAGCGCAGGAGCGAGAGAUGAGAAAGGGGAUCCAGCCCGCCCUGGAGCAGUACCUGGUGACCGCCGGGGGUGGGGAGGGGGCGGCUGUCGUCGCCGCCGCCGCCGCAGCCUCCAUGGACAAAAGGGCACUGCUAGCCAGCCCCGGCUUCGCCACCGCCGCCGCCCCGGGCGCGUACAUCCAGAUCCUCACCACGAACACGUCCACCACCUCCUGCUCCUCCCUCCCCAGCGGCGCGGCCGCCGCCGGCCCCCUCCUCCCCAGCGCCCCCGGCGCGGAGCCGACGGCCGGCAGCCUGCUCUACACCACGCCGCACGGACCCUCGGGCAGAGCCGGGCUGCUGCAGCAGCUACCAGCGCUGGGACGCGGCGGCGGCGGCCCUCCGGCAAAGCGAAGGCUGGAGCUAGGAGAAAGCGGUCAUCAGUACCUCUCAGAUGGUUUAAAAACCCCCAAGGGCAAAGGAAGAGCUGCACUACGAAGUCCAGAUAGCCCGAAAACUCCAAAAUCUCCCUCAGAAAAAACACGGUAUGACACGUCCCUUGGUCUGCUCACCAAGAAGUUCAUUCAGCUCCUGAGCCAGUCACCCGAUGGGGUCUUGGACUUGAAUAAGGCAGCAGAGGUGCUCAAAGUGCAAAAGAGGAGAAUCUACGACAUCACCAACGUGCUGGAAGGCAUCCAUCUCAUCAAGAAGAAGUCCAAGAACAACGUCCAGUGGAUGGGCUGCAGUCUGUCUGAGGAUGGGGGCAUGCUGGCCCAGUGUCAAGGCCUGUCCAGAGAAGUGACCGAGCUCAGUCAGGAGGAGAAGAAGUUAGAUGAACUGAUCCAAAGCUGCACCCUGGACCUCAAACUGUUAACCGAGGAUUCAGAGAAUCAAAGGUUAGCUUAUGUUACCUAUCAAGAUAUUCGAAAAAUUAGUGGCCUUAAAGACCAAACUGUUAUAGUUGUGAAAGCCCCUCCAGAAACAAGACUUGAAGUGCCUGACUCCGUAGAGAGCCUACAAAUCCAUUUGGCAAGUACCCAAGGACCCAUUGAGGUUUACUUGUGUCCGGAAGAGACUGAAACACACAGUCCAAUGAAAACAAACAACCAAGACCACAAUGGGAACAUCCCUAAACCCACUUCCAAAGACUUGGCUUCAAAUAACUCAGGACAUAACGAUUGCUCAAUUUCUAUGGCAAACCUUUCUCCUCUGGCCUCCCCAGCUAACCUUUUACAGCAGACUGAGGACCAAAUCCCUUCCAACCUGGAGGGGCCAUUUGUGAACUUACUGCCUCCCCUACUUCAAGAGGACUACCUGCUGAGCCUGGGUGAGGAAGAUGGCAUCAGCGAUCUCUUUGAUGCCUAUGAUUUGGAAAAGCUCCCAUUGGUGGAAGACUUUAUGUGUAGUUGAUUAUGCUGUGUGUGAACUUUCCUUAUAAACCAAUAUUUUUUUAUCCUGGAACAAGAACAUGUCAUGCAGUGUUGUCCCUUCCUACCUUCUUCCUCCAAGAGAGUAUCAUGAAGUAAACUACAAACUUCCGAACGAAGCUGACAUUUUAAUGAAUUAAAUAAUUGUCUAAGCGCACAGUUGCAGGCUCCCUUGGGAAAUCCCUGCCUUGUCCCAGGCUCCAAAAUCUCCUGGAUGAGUCAGCAAGUGAGAAAAUGUGCAAUCAGGUGUCUCCUGCCUGUCCUUUUCCUCUCUCCUUCCUUCCCUCUCAGAUUGGCUUGCUGUGCCUGACGAUGGGCUGUAGAAUGGGGUCCAGCCACCUGGCCCACUGGAAAACAGCAAUCUUCCCUAAUAGCAUUUCAAGCCGUGCCUUCUCUGCAGAAUGCAUGUCUUUGGGGUCUGCUAAUAUGGAAUGGAACUGCAGCAAAUGCAAACUUGAAGUCAUGCAAAAGUAUGAAAUGGAUUUCCUCAGCUCUUCUUAGGAAUAUUUAAAUUACUCUCAUACUUCAGUUUAAGCUAUGGGCUUUGUGUCCCACUAGGAGGUCACGAGAACCUCCACAGCCUUUCGGAUGAAGAACCUGUUUUCAGAGUACUUGUUUUGGAUACAGAGGACUAGUGGAGUUCUGCCACUCAAAGCUGUUGUGGAUUUUCCUGUCUCCAUUUUACCACUCCCACUCCCACUCCCCUGUCCCCAGCGUAUUUGUGAGUUUCCAGUUGCUUUGUAGCAAAUGCCUACUUAGGAGUUCUUUGUGGAUUGUUUCAGACUUUUUUUCUUUAGCUGCCAUUUAAGCAUUCCUGUGGUACCCAUCACCAUUUCAAGUUAAUUGUUUACUUUGAAGCGGUUUUUGCAAAUUCAUAUUGCUUUAGCAAAGGGAGAGAGAACCUCUACCUAUCAGAGCAUCUAAACCUGUGUGACCUAAGGUCUACCAGCCUCUGCGAGAAUCACUGCCCCAUCUUGCUUCCUUCCCCAGGAGGGGGUCUUGGGGGCCAGUCCACCCUGGAGCUCCUGGACAUGGAUGGCCCAUUGGGAAGGAAAACGGGUCAGACGAUGAAGCAGUCCCAAGGAGCAGCAGGCGUGGACCCCUCCGUCCUUGGGCUUCCCAGGCCCCUGUGACCGGGGAAAGGGCUUUUAUGCCACACUCAGGGAGACCACUUCUCAGGAUGGGGUCAGAUGGAGAGUCCUGUAGGGAGAAAGAUCCCCAUUGUGUCAGUGGCAUUCUGUUGGGGGCACUUCCUCGAGCUGGAAAGAGCAGAGUGCUUCCACUGUGUCAGGGUAAAAUAGUCCUGGCCACAUCCAAUUCCCCUUCCUCUGUGAAAGGGGUGUGUUAGACUAAAGGAAGUCCAGAGGUAGGAAAUGAAGCGAUAGAAUGCCUGGGCAUCUCCCUCUUCUCUCCUCAGGAAUGGUGUCCCAAGUUGGAAGCUUCCUGUCAGCUGCAGAUCCUACAGUUGUGUCCAAGAAUGGCAUUCCCACUGGCAGAUGGCCAUGGCCAUCUCCUCCUGGGAAGGUGGCACAGUACCUCAAAUCCACUCCUUGGAUGCUAAGGGCUUCGGAAAUGAGGAAGUCACAAAAAACUAACCUCUGAACGAACAGUUGAAUUGAAAAGCUGUGUGCCUGGCUCGUUGGGAGGCACGUGGUAGGCACUCGACUCCUACACAUUGGAUUGGAUUGAUGGUAACCCUUAGCAAACAAAUUAAUAAACCACAAGAACCCCAGCCAGUUUACUCUAGAUAGAUUUCCACAAUAUGCAAAGUGGUGGUGGGGUCCAGACAGAUGACACCAGCACUUUAAACUCUGUGUGUGGGUAUGCAUGGUGUGUGUUUGGGAAGAAAAACAAAGGUGCAGACUAUCUUCCUCUCUCUUCUUCAGCCUCCUCCCCUUACACACUGGACUUGGUACAGAAUAUCCGUGUGGUCCGAGACAAAGCGUUGGGGUGGAGGAGGGAGGGAGCUUUGUGUUAAGUGCCUACUGGAAAUGCACUGUGGGGUUUUUUCCUGCAUGGGAAACCAUUUAUGCCAACCUUUCCCCCCUGUCCCAUAUUUAUCUCAUCUGGUUAGCUGCCUCUGCUUCCAGCUCUGGCUCAUUCUCUUUGCCAGCUGCACAGAGCUGAUUUUUUUCCAAAGUCUAAAGACUGAGCUCACCUGGCUAGGUUGUUGUGUGUUUUGUUGAUUUUUCUCGUUGAACCUUUUCGUGAUGUAAUGCUGUAUUUAUUGUUUAAAAAAAAAAUGAAAGGAAUACUAAUAAGUCUUAAUUCUUUUGUACAUAUGAUUUUUCCAGUUAAUGAGCUUAACUGGGGUGCAUGAAUUAGACAUCCAUACUGUAUUCUGUUGGCGUUAGUCAUUUUUUUUUCCCCAUAGUAUCUGGCACACCAAGUGGGUUAGUACUACAGUAUUUGUGUUACUUUAAGUAGUAAGUAUGCAGGUUUCCUGGUACCAUUGAGUUGCUGCUAUUAAAGCUCACACAUGAAAGGCUAAAAGUUAAGUGUGCGAAUUAUGACUACGUGAGCCUUAGAAAAUAAAGUGUAAAAAGGGCAACACAUGAGCUGUCAAACAGUGUUAGGUGUGUGUUUAUAUGUACAGAGUUGUGCAUAGCAAUCUUUUUAUUUAAGUUGAUAUGUAGUCUACUCACAUCUUCAUUAUUUAGCAAUUUUGUACAAAACUAGCAAUUAAUUUGUAAACACUGCCAGAAUAUUUUCUAGCUGGUUUGUAAUUUUUUAAGAGUGUUACCUUGUUUUUGGAUUUUUGUUGUCAUUGUGGUUGUGGUUGUGGUUCUUUUCAUUUUUGUCUUACAUGUAGACCUGUAAAUAGAAUUGCAGUAUUUAAAGCGUUAGCUUUCAGGAAAAGGAAGUAGGAACUCAGUGCAUGCAUGACAACUUGUGUGUAUGAGAAGGAAGGAUUGGAAGGAAGAUGCCUUGCAGAGGAAGUUGAGUGGCAAUUGUCAGAGUGUAGGAAUUUCUCUUCCUACAGGGUACAAGAUUUUGUAAAAAGGAAGUAUUUCUCCCAAGAUUGGGAGUAGGCAAACUACUAAUCAGUUUAGCUUUGUGUUAUAUGCUAGUUUAAAAAAGAAAAUAUGUAAUAUAAUGUAUAAAAAAACGGACAAAAAAAGGCUUUUAUGAUGGAUUUUGUAAAUAGAUUUGUUACAGGGUGACCUGUUCUCUAGCUGUGAUCUUACCACUUCAAAUGGAUGUAAUUUGAAUAAAUUUUGUAUGGUAAAGGAUCAAUAAAUGAUUUUUUUUUAAGAGUUCA